AUGACUCAUCUCGGUAUAUGGAGAUAUUUGGAUGGGAAAACAAGGGUUUCGUGUUACUUGUUAUGGCCAGAUGGAAGUUAUUUACACAGCAGGAUUGAAUACGUUUACAACCUCAUUUUUCUAAGUGUAACGUAUUUAGUCCCUAUGACGGUAAUGGCAAUAUGUUAUUCAUUAAUGAGCCGAAAACUCUGGGGUUCGAAAUCUAUAGGAGAGUUAACAUAUUACCAGAGGAAAUCAAUGAAAUCUAAACGCAAGGUUGUGAAGAUGUUUAUCAUAAUCGUUGCGAUAUUCGCUAUUUGUUGGCUACCUUAUCAAGGUUUUUUCAUUUUCGUUUACCACCAUAGACACUUUGUGGAGAAUAGCUACAUUCAACACGUUUAUCUAAGCUUUUAUUGGCUUGCUAUGUCAAAUGCCAUGGUCAACCCUAUUAUAUACUAUUGGAUGAAUAAUCGGUAA